AUGGCUCCUGCAGAUUUCCCAGCCUCCCUUCCUGUGUGUGUGUGUCUGCUGCUGGCCUCUGGCUUUGCCCAGGCAGGCAGGCUGCUGGUGGUGCCCAUGGAUGGGAGCCACUGGUUCACCAUGCAGUUGGUUGUGGAGAAGCUCAUCCACAGAGGGCAUGAGUUGGUGGUAGUCAUGCCAGAGGUGAGUUGGCAAAUAGGAAAAUCCGUGAAUUUUACAGUGAAGACGUACUCAACUUCUUACACUUUGGAGAAUCUGGACCAGAAGUUUAAGUAUUUUUCUCACACUCAAUGGAAAACUCCAGAACAAAGUGUACUUUCCUUAAUGACAGGCUCAGCCAAAGUUUUUUCUAAAUUAAUGUUUUCCCACUGUAGAAGUUUGUUUAAUGACAAGAAGUUAGUGGAGUACUUGAAGCAGAGUUCUUUUGAUGCUGUGUUUCUGGAUCCAUUCGAGAUCUGUGGCUUAACUGUUGCCAAGUAUCUGUCGGUCCCUUCAUUGUUGUUUACAAGGUAUUUCUAUUGCCACUAUCUUGAAGAGGGCACCCAGUGUCCCAGUCCGCUGUCUUAUGUUCCUAGACUUUUCUCAAAACUUUCAGACACCAUGACUUUCAAGGAGAGAUUGUCGAACUUUGCUUUUUACAUGGAAGAGCGUGCAUUUUGCCAUCACUUGUUUAAAAGUGCUACAGAUAUUGCCUCUGAAGUUCUCCAGACCCCCGUGACUUUGGAAGACCUCUUCUCCCAGGCGUCUAUUUGGUUGUUACGCACCGACUUUGUGUUAGAUUUCCCCAAACCUGUGAUGCCAAACAUGGUGUUCAUUGGUGGGCUCAACUGCCAAAAAAGAAAGCCGCUUUCCAAGGUAUGUUGUCUGUCUUUAGCACAUGAAGAGGGGCCUGGUUUCAGGCAAUGAAAAGGAAA